UUAUUAUGCAGUCAACGCACAUACGUAAGAGCAGCAGGCGCGUGCGUAAAGAGGAAGAGCCGUAAAGUCUCUCCAAAAUGGCGACGACCAUAGAGAGUGGCAAUGCAGGAGCUGCGAAUAAGAAAAAACACCUUGGUAUCCCCGAAGCAAUAUUUGUGGAAGAUGUGGACGCCUUCAUGAAACAGCCCGGCAAUGACACAGCAGACGCCGUACUGAGAAAGCUGGAUGAACAAUAUCAGAAAUAUAAAUAUAUGGAGCUCAAUCUGACCCAAAAGAAGCUCAGGUUGAAAAGUCAAAUUCCACAAAUUAAACAGACGUUAGAAAUUCUACGGCAUAUGCAGAAAAAGAAGGACACUACAGAUCCCAUGGAGACACAUUUUCUGUUGGCUGAUAAUGUCUAUUGCAAGGCCUCUGUUCCACCUACAGAUAAAGUGUGUUUGUGGCUUGGGGCUAAUGUCAUGUUAGAGUAUGACAUCGAUGAGGCCCAGGCGCUGUUAGAGAAAAACUUAGCGACAGCUUCUCGGAAUCUGGACGGUCUGGAAGAGGACCUGGACUUUCUCCGAGACCAGUUCACAACCACUGAAGUCAACAUGGCACGUGUUUACAAUUGGGACGUCAAGAGAAGGAGCAAAGACAAUCUCCUCAAAUCUGCUGAGCGGUCUUAGUGGAGGAGACAUCAUUUGGUCCCACCCCCAAAUCCUUCCCUAUCUGAAAAUUCAGCCUCAUGUAUCUGUUUGCACCAAUACCAACUGUUAUCUAUUGAUUUAUUACUUUUUAAAGUAUUUUUUUUCAAGUAAAAAGGUGAAAAACAUAAAACAAAAUGAAAAAAUGGCAGUUUUCUUGUUUUCUUUGAAAAAUAAGCUGUGUUUCAGAAGGUGAUACUUCACAGGGUCUACACAUUUGUCUUCCUCUGUGUGACUCUCAUUUGUUUUUCAGUAUGCAUCUGAGAUUUAGGUUCUCUUAAGGUAAACUGCUCUAAAUUCAAUGGCCCCUGUGUCUUUCUGUGGACUUUUACUUGCUAUGUUUUGGUGGAAAUGCCAUUUAAUAUACAUGCAUGAAAAUAUAAAGGGGAUUUCUUACCUCAGUUAUCAACCUCCUGCAA